GGGCCGCGAGAGUCACCAGGCCCCUCCUUUCCGCCCUCGGCCGGAGCGGAGUGUGCGGGUUCGCGGCGCGGCGCGGCCGGCCGGAGAGCGAGGCAGUGCAGCGGCCGCCGAGGCGCCGGGGGAGUUCAGACUGGGAAGCAAGAAGUCUUAGGACUAGAGGGAGGAGACCCAGGCCGCACUGGCCUUUCCGUUGCACACGGUUUUAGUGUGUUCUGUUCAACUGUUCAGCGAUUUUGAGUGAUUUCUCAAUGUGGAGGAUUUACAUGAGUGCUGGGAUUACAGGCACGAGCCAGGCACGGUGGAGGCUGAAGUGGAGGAUUACCAUGGGCCUGCGACCAGCCUAGACAGUGAGUGACAGGACAACUUGGGCUAUAGGUUUGAGCCUUCUAUUUUGAUUUUGAGAUUGAGUUCAGAGGAAGUUCAAAACCUACUGAGAGAGUCUAUGGAGUGAAGAAGACAGAUAUUUAAGGAAAUUAUGAGUCGAGGAUCUCAAGUUCACAUUUUUUGGGGUGCUCCAGUUGCUCCACUGAAAAUGACGAUAUCACAGGGAACAGCUUCCUUAAUGUCCACUGCCAACACCUGGGAACAAAUCCAACUUUUAUACAAACAGCAUUCUUUAUAUCUGAAGGCUGAAAAUCAGGAGCUUCAAAAUCCGAAAGACUACCAAAUCCCAGAAACUGCUGGCCCUCCAGAUGUUCUUAGUGGUCACCUUUCAACAACUUAUGUGACUAGGUCUGCGCAGGUGGAAGAUGGUUUCAUCUGUUGUGCUUCUGAAACACAGAGUGUAAAGUCCCAGAAGAUGAAUCCCUCAGGCCGGAGUGGUAUGACUAAUGUGCAGAUAUGUGAAUUUAAGGACAGAGUUCAGCAUUUACCUGAAGAAGAAAAAUAUCAGAAGUUUCAGUGUGAAAAUAUGAAACUUAGAGAUGAGCAGUCUAAAAACCAGUCAAAUCCCUGUGUUCAGAACUUUCAAGCAGAUUUGCUUCCAUUAGAUCAUAAAUGUACAGCUGAAUUGGAUUUGGACUGUUGUACUGAACAGAUUACUAUAGGGCCAGAGGCUGUGAGAACAAAGCCUGUGCCAACUGUACAUGAAAGACAGAGUCAGGAGACCGUUUUCUCUGACACAAAGCCUGAGCCAGGGUCUGAGGGAGCAGUCGGGAAGGCCUCAGACCAGAAAGUGUCUACUGACACUGAGUUUCUCAGUAUAAUGACCUCCAGCCAGUGUGCUUUUCUAGCUCAAGGGAACAAUAAAGGGCAAGACUGUCCAAAUAAAGGGACUAUAAACAUGGGGAUGGAACCCACAGGAAGUCCAGAAGGAAGACUAGCUGAAGAUAAUCUUGUUAAGCCCAGGGACAAUUCUGAAAACGAGUCUGAGAGUGAGCAGAGCCAGGCGUAUUCCCUGGAACUUUUUAGUCCUGAAUCAGAAAGCAGUCAUGUUAACAGAAACCCUGGAAAAAGUCUUGAAAGUAAUAUAAGUUCACAAGAUCUUUUCAGUAAUGAAGAAAACCCCCCACCAAAUGAGGUAUGCAUUGAGUUGUGUGGCUCAGGAAUACUGUGUUCCCAACUGAGUACUUUCCACCAAGGUGCUGCUAAAAGAAGCCGGUCCUCUAAAGAUAAUUUCCAUCAUUCUAAAGCUCGUUCGGAAGUCCGUCAAGUAUCCAAGAAGCCAAAGAUGGACUCUACUACAAGAGAGUCGGCCAAAACGGCGCCCCAGAGGAUCAUGUCUGAAUUUAAGGCCAUUAAAAAAAUAUCACUAAUAAAAGACUGUGACUCUAAAAGUCAGAAGUAUAACUGCUUAGUCAUGGUGCUAACCCCGUGCCAUGUGAAGGAAAUAAACGUAAAAUCUGGACCAAAUUCUGGUUCUAAAGUGCCCUUAGCAACAGUUGUAGUAAUUGAUCAAUCAGAAGUGAGGAAGAGAGUUGUUCUGUGGAGGACUGCAGCAUUUUGGGCACUUACAGUGUUUCUUGGGGAUAUCAUUUUAAUUACAGAUGUUACUGUUUAUGAGGACCAAUGGGUUGGUGAGACAGUACUCCAAUCAACAUUUACCAGUCAGUUAUUAAAUCUUGGAAGUUAUUCACAUGUCCAGCCUGAAAAAUAUUCCAAUGUAGUUGCCAGUGUUGUACUUGAGGACUUACUGGGAUAUGUGUCUUCAAAACAUUCCUAUCUCAAAGAUCUGCCUCAGAGGCAGCAUCAGAAAAUGAACACUGUAGAGUUUGUGGAAUUGGAGCAACUGCAGCCUGAUACAUUAGUCCAUGCCGUACUCAGAGUACUGGAUGUCACUGUAUUGACAGAGGCAGUGUAUAGUUAUAGAGGACAGAAGCAAAGGAAAGUUCUGUUAACUGUGGAACAGGCUCAAGGUCAACAUUAUGUGCUUGUAUUGUGGGGUCCGGGAGCAGCCUGGUAUACUCAGCUUCAAAGGAAUAAAGAUCGUAUUUGGGAAUUUAAGUACCUUUUUGUUCAACGCAAUUGCAUACUAGAAAACUUAGAGUUGCAUACAACACUGUGGUCAUCCUGUGAGUGUCUGUUUGAGGACGAUACAAGAGCAAUUUCAUUUAGAACAAAAUUUCAAAAAAAUAUACCCUCCUUUGUCAAGACAUCAGACUUAGCAACUCACCUAAAGGAUAAGUAUUCAGGAGUGGUUCUGAUUAAAGCCAAGGUUUCAGAGCUGGUGUUUACUGUCCCAGCAGCUCAGAAGAUAGCUCUAAAUGCUCACAGUUCUCUGAAGGGUAUCUUCUCUUCUCUUCCCAACAUUACAUAUGCUGGCUGUGCGCAUUGUGGCUCAGAACUGGAAACAGAUGAGAACAGGGUCUACAGACAAUGUCUGAGCUGCUUGCCAUUUGCUGGGAAGAAAACAUUGUAUAGGCCAGCUUUAAUGACCAUAGUUGAUGGAAGACAUAGUACUUGUGUCCAUGUAGGGUCAAAGAUGAUGGAACGCAUUCUUCUCAACAUCUCUCCAGAUUGCCUCAACAGAGCGAUAGUACCUUCCUCCGAAGUCACCUACAGCAUGGUCGCAGCAGACUUGCUCCACUCCUUGUUGGCCAUCAGUGCAGAACCUUGUGUGUUGAAGAUUCAGAGCUUUUUCGAGUUGGAUGAAAACAGCUACCCACUGCAACAGGAAUUCUCCUUACUAGAUUUCUGUCCUGAUUCAUGGACGAUGUGGAGCCCGGGACUUUCUCUGAGGUCGGAGGAGGACACAGGCAGCAUUCCAAGGAAGGAGUGAUGAAAUAAGCUGUCUUUUGAAGAUUUAUUUAUUUUUUAUGUUUGUGAGUUUUGCCUGUGUAUAUCUGUGUACCAUGUCUGGUGCCCACAGAGGCCAGGAGAGGGGACUAGAUCCCCUGGGACUAGAGUAAUAUAUGGGUGUGAGCUGCCAAAUGGAUUCUGAGAAAGUGUUCUUAACUGCUGAGCCACCCACCCCUAUGAUCUGUGCUUUGAAAUAAAUGAAAUGACAGGGCUUUUGCCUGGAGUUUUUAAAAUAAAUAUUUUACUACCAUAAUAUAUUUAUACCAAAUAAAUUUAUAAGUUAAUUUUUAAAAGAAUUCUGUGAAGCUUUUAUUAUUUGCUUUUUUGUUGGUAUUCUUUUUAUUCUGGAGAAAUGAACUAACAAUAAAGGCAUAUAUCACAGUUCCUGA